AUGAUUCUUACCCUUGGCUUUUAUUUUGAGAAUAUAUUUUAAGGAACAAGACCUAGAUUUCAUAAAUUACUAAGAAAAUCAAUCAACUGCUAAAAAUAUUAAAUUGAGUAAAUAAGGAAUAAAUAUUAUAAUUUUGUGCAAGAGAAGGAUAAUACAAAGGAUGUAUAAUACCUUAUGUCUUUUUUAGAAUGAUGUCUUGAAUGAAAGGGAAAUUCUUAGAUAAUAAAGAGUCCACAAUGACUUUAACAUUUGA